CCCACUCACAUCUCGGACGUCUUCAAUAGCCAUGGGACGACACGCAGGCGGGAUCAGAAGACCGGAACCUCUUUCUCUUGCCUCAACGCGGCAUUAUGGUGGUGUAGGGCCCGACGACGAUUGCGAAGAACCUGUGCGCGGGCGGCUGUUCCGGAGAGGCAAUGUAUCAGCAUCAGAGGUGGUUCAAGCAUCGGAAAACUGCAUGUAUAUGGUGGUGAGACGGGAGAAGAUCCACCAGGCAGUCGGACGCAUCGUGUUCAUACCGAGCAGCCCACCUCGGAAGCAAGCGGUGCGUUGACGGCAGCCGUUGCGACAAGUCGGAGUCGUUUAUCCAACAGAAGAGAAACACCUUAGCGACCAAACCUUGAAACGGUUUAGUCGUGUCUGAUGCUCCGUCCACUGCUCCACCGCCUCCGAACAAGGAUAACCCGUUCUCCAC